GUUCAGCACUAGAACGGCGUCGUUUUCAUGACAACAGUACAAUUCUGCAUCUCUAUUAGUAUUAUUUGUAAUAACUAGGGUUCCUUUCUUUACUCAAUCGUCCCCGGCAAGAGUUAUUUCCGCUGCAGUGGGGUUUCAGUUUUGAUCUACGACAAAAUUUAGGUCGCACUCAUGUAUGGGCACAGAGGGUCGUUGUUUGGGAGCGGGGGGGUUUCGGACGGGUACGAAAUCGGCUCAAAGAGGCCAAGAUUGAUGGAAUCAAAUCCCUACUUCGCAGCAAACCCAAGUUCAAGCAGCAGUUAUCAACAACAGUACAACCCCUACAGCAGGAGGUACCACCACGAGCCUUCCACCUUCCCAUUGGUCCGCCUAAGGGGUCUCCCCUUCAACUGCACCGACGUAGAUAUUUUCAAGUUCUUCUCUGGUCUUGACAUUGUCGACGUUUUCUUGGCCAACAACAAAGACGGUAAAUUCUCCGGAGAAGCGUUUGUUGUAUUUGCAGGUCACAUGCAAGCCGAACUUGCACUUCAAAGGGAUCGCCAAAACAUGGGAAGAAGAUACGUGGAAGUGUUUCGGUGCAAGAAACAAGAGUAUUAUAAUGCUAUUGCCUCUGAGGUGAGCGACGGGGCUUAUGGUAAUUCCGAUCAUCAUAAUCAUAAUCAUAAUCAUAAUCAACGUGGGUCCCCACCACCUACUACGACUAGUGCUAGAAGAAAGAGGUCUCCGAAUAAAGACGAAAUGGAGUAUACGGAGAUUUUGAAGCUGAGAGGGCUGCCUUACUCUGUAAGAAAAUCGGAGAUUGCAAAGUUUUUUGGGGAGUUUGAGGUUGUGGAGAACAAGAUACAGAUUGGGUGCAGGCACGAUGGGAAGCCUAGUGGAGAGGCGUUUGUGGAGUUUGCUUCGGCUGAAGAGGCUAAAAAGGCAAUGUGUAAGGAUAAGAUGCUGAUUGGAUCUAGGUAUGUUGAACUCUUUCCUUCGACACCCGAUGAAGCUAGAUCAGCUGCUUCCAGAUCACGUAAGUAAGAUCAGAUCGUCGCUGUGUGGAUUGAUUUUCUUAAAAAAAUACCGUGUGUGAUGUUAGCUGAGAGUCGUCCUUUUUUUUUUCUUUUGUAAGGAAAGAAAUCUGUAUUUUGAAAUUUAGUUGUCUCUCUUCCUAAGUAUUUGGUGUUUGAAAAUUAUAAACUCGGCAUUUCGUUGCUUCUUAGCGGAGUUAUUUUGUCGAGACAUAUGUGCCCUUUGGUUUCUCUAAUGAAUGAAUUUGUUUAAUUGACACAAUUGGUGGUUUUUUGUUUUGAUG